CGCGGCGGUGACCAGUGCCGGAAGCGCCUGUUAGUAACGGACCUGGAUCUGGUGUAGGGUUUGCAGUGGUUCCGUUGAGGGGCUGAGUUGCUGUAACGGGUGGUGUUACCGAGGCAAGCUGCCGUCAUGGUGGAGGAAGUGCAGAAGCACUCUGUCCACACUCUUGUAUUCAGGUCUUUAAAGAGGACUCAUGAUAUGUUUGUAGCUGACAAUGCAAAACCUGUAUUACUAGAUGAAAGGAGCCACAAAGUUAAGAUGGCAGUUAAACUCCGUACAGAAUAUGGUUCUGUGCUACAUAUGCCUGUAUUGAAAGAAUGUGCUCGAGAGAAGGGUUCUCACGGUGUAGUAGAUUCCUACGGACAUAAACAGUAUCUCCAAAACCCAGGAGAAGAUAAUGAUUAUUUGAUAACAGGAACACAUCCAUAUCCUCCUGGACCUGGAGUGGCUUUGACUGCAGACACUAAAAUCCAAAGGAUGCCUAGUGAAUCAGCAGCUCAAUCAUUAGCUGUGGCACUGCCUCCUUCUCAAUCCAAAAUGGAAUCAAAUAGAACUGCUGCUGGCAUAGGUGAUAUAUAUAGACAUGCUGGAAUUCCUGAGCGUUCACAGGCUCCAGGUUUGACUAUGGCUAUGAUGGAAGCUGGUGGGAAUAAAAAUUCUGCAUUAAUGGCAAAAAAGGCCCCAACAAUGCCAAAACCACAGUGGCAUCCACCCUGGAAGCUCUACAGAGUUAUCAGUGGACACUUAGGAUGGGUGAGAUGUAUUGCAGUUGAACCAGGAAAUCAGUGGUUUGUUACUGGCUCUGCUGACAGGACUAUAAAGAUUUGGGACCUUGCAAGUGGCAAAUUAAAACUGUCUUUAACAGGACACAUUAGUACAGUUCGAGGUGUAAUAGUGAGUGGAAGAAGUCCUUAUCUUUUCUCAUGUGGGGAAGAUAAACAGGUGAAAUGCUGGGAUCUUGAAUAUAAUAAGGUUAUUAGGCAUUAUCAUGGCCACCUAAGUGCUGUGUAUGGUUUGGAUUUGCACCCAACAAUAGAUGUGCUUGUAACAUGUAGCAGAGAUUCAACUGCACGUAUUUGGGAUGUAAGGACAAAAGCGAGUGUGCAUACAUUGUCAGGACACACGAAUGCUGUGGCAACAGUGAAGUGCCAAGCAGCAGAGCCACAGAUUAUCACAGGAAGUCAUGAUACCACCAUACGUCUCUGGGACUUGGUAGCAGGAAAAACACGGGUUACUUUAACAAAUCACAAGAAAUCGGUUAGAGCAGUCGUCCUGCAUCCGAGACAGUACACAUUUGCAUCUGGGUCUCCAGAUAACAUAAAACAGUGGAAAUUCCCUGAUGGAAAUUUCAUCCAAAACCUUUCUGGCCAUAGUGCUAUUAUCAAUACAUUGUCUGUGAAUUCAGAUGGAGUCCUGGUUUCUGGAGCUGACAAUGGUACAAUGCACCUUUGGGACUGGAGAACUGGAUACAACUUCCAGAGAGUGCAUGCAGCUGUACAGCCUGGCUCUUUGGACAGUGAAUCUGGAAUAUUUGCUUGUGCAUUUGACCAAUCUGAAAGCAGACUUCUUACAGCUGAAGCCGAUAAAACUAUAAAAGUCUACAAAGAAGAUGAUUCUGCGACUGAAGAAACUCAUCCUGUUAGCUGGAAACCUGAAAUCAUCAAGAGAAAACGAUUUUAAUGAGACCAAACCUGCAUUGAUGUGCCAUAAUCCUGACUCUUUGUUACAAAGCCGAAACACUGCUAAAGUCAUUGCUUCAGUUUGCAGUUUUUAUAUUCUGUAUUGCUUUCCUCUAGGAGUUUAUCUUUUCUCUGAUCCUAGAAAAUCAGCUGCAGCUGUUACACAUGUCUGAAGAAAUCAGAGUACAUUAAAUAGUAGUAGAGCGCUGCUGACUGUAAUCAUCAAAUGUUUGCAUGUCUUUCUGUGUGGACAGAAGGUAGUGCUCUUUUCCUUCUGUCUUCUUCCUUUGAUGGAGAAGUAACAUUUGAAAUUUUGAUGAUUUUUUAAAAACGUAUUUAGUACUCUCUCCCGGGACUCUGAAUAGUAAAAUUGUCAAGGAAAAACAAAAGCCAUUGUAGUAAUGAUUAAUGUCCUUAAUACAAUGUGCUGCUUUGUUAAGGUGUAAUGCAAUAAAUUUCAUUUCCCCUAAAAUUAGAAGACUGAACUGCAGUCUGAUAUGUUGAAUGUACAUCAUUCUGUUUGAGUCAUGGUUUUAUUUUUGCCUAUCCCGUAUUGGAAUCCUCAUUAAAAUUUUAAUGAAGC